UAAAACCUCUCCUUUCUUUGCAUAGAAACCCUCUCUCGAUCGCUACGCGAUUCUCUUCUCUUUGUCGCCGCCACCAUGGCCGGGCUGAGCCGUCUGGGAUUAGCUACCGUGCCUCCAGCACUUCGCCGGGUUGGAAUGUUAGCUAGUUUCCGUGCCUACGGAUCGGCAGCAGCAAUUCAAUACGACUACGAAACCGAGGAUGAGUACUAUUCGCAGCUGCCGGAACAAAGGCUAGACUCGGCGGCUGCCUCGGAUUGCGGGAGAGGAGUGCAGUGGGUGUUGAUAGGAGACCCAGGAGCUAAAAAGCACGUGUAUGCUGAAAAGCUAUCGAAGCUUCUACAGGUUCCUCACAUUUCCAUGGGUACUCUCCUUCGCCAGGAGCUUAAUCCUAGCUCUUCUGUCUACAAACAGAUUGCAAAUGCUGUAAAUGAAGGAAAGCUCGUACCGGAGGAAGUAAUCUUUGGUCUCUUGUCUAAGAGACUUGAAGAAGGUUACUACAGAGGUGAAACUGGCUUCAUUUUGGAUGGCAUUCCUCGAACAAAAGUUCAAGCUGAAAUUCUUGAUCAAAUUGCUGAUAUUGACCUAGUUGUGAAUUUUAAACGCGCUGAAGAAAACUUGGUGAAGAGGGAUUUCCUUACUGCAGGAGCCUCUACAUCCCCUGUUACUGAUGCUGGAAGUGCCUGGAAGGAAAAGUUCCGUAUAUAUGCAGAACAGGGUAAAGCAUUGGAAGAUUACUACAGGAAACAAAAGAAACUUGUCGACUUUCAAGUGGCAGCUGCACCUGCAGAAAACUGGCAAGGUUUGUUGGCUGCAUUGCACCUCAAACAUUUGGGUGCUGUUACUUCUUCACAGACAUUGGCUGCUUGACUGGUUUUAACAGUAAAAUCCGGUGACUGCCUUAGUAUCAUUCACAUGCAAGUGUGGUAGUAUAUAUAUAAAACAUGAGCAAAUAGCAAUUUAUGGCCAUUGUUGAUGUUGAUUUUGAGUGUUUUGGUCUUUCCAGUUUUAGGUUAUAAUAUAGUGCAAUUUUGAGGCUGUAUGGUCGUAAGGGAAUUUUGGCAGAGAGUUAAAAAUCAAAGAACAUUGUCUUGUAAUACUGUUUUAUAUGAAGCAUGUUAUGUUUCACUUUUUCCUAUCAAUCAAUGUCAUUUCUUUGUUUGUUGUUC